AAAGACUCUGGAAUUGAGUAAGAUUAAGGAACAUGUGGACAAUAUUAGAUCCAUGUUGGGUUCCAUGGGGGAUGGAGAGAUAAGUUGUUCAGCUUAUGACACGGCUUGGGUUGCUCUCAUUGAAGACGUUAAUGGCAAUGGUUCCCCUCAGUUCCCUUCAACCCUUGAAUGGAUUUCCGACAAUCAACUUCCUGACGGAUCAUGGGGUGACAAACACAUAUUCUUGGCCCAUGAUCGAUUGAUCAACACUUUAGCUUGUGUUGUUGCGUUGAAAACAUGGAAUCUUCAUCCAGACAAAUGCCAAAAAGGAUUGUCAUUUUUCAAAGAGAACAUAAGCAAACUCGAAGAUGAGAAAGCAGAGCAUAUGCCAAUAGGGUUUGAAGUGGCUUUUCCUUCGCUUUUGGAAACAGCUCGAAGUUUGAGCAUUGAAGUACCGUAUGAUUCACCUAUCUUUCAAAACAUCUACGAACAGAGAGAUCUAAAGCUCACAAGGAUACCAAAGGAGAUAAUGCACAAUGUGGCCACAACACUACUACAUAGCCUUGAAGGGAUGCUAGACUUGGAUUGGGAAAAGCUUUUGAAGUUGCAGUGUCAAGAUGGGUCUUUCUUGUUCUCACCAUCCUCCACUGCCUAUGCUGUCAUGCAAACCAAAAACGAGAAUUGUCUUAAUUACUUAACCAAAAUUGUUCAAAGAUUCAAUGGCGGAGUCCCCAACGUAUACCCCGUUGAUCUCUUCGAACAUAUUUGGGCUAUCGACCGAUUGCAACGCCUUGGGAUUUCUAGAUAUUUCAACCCCGAGAUUAAACAAUGCCUAGACUAUACUUAUCGACACUGGACUCAAGAAGGGAUAUGUUGGGCAAGAAACACUCGGGUUCAAGACAUUGACGAUACAGCCAUGGGGUUUAGGUUACUAAGGUUACAUGGAUACGAGGUUUCUGCCGACGUUUUUCGACAUUUUGAGAAAGGCGGCGAGUUCUUCUGCUUUGUGGGACAGUCAAACCAAGCAGUAACUGGGAUUUUCAACCUAUAUAGGGCUUCGCAACUGCGGUUCCCCGGAGACCAGAUUCUUGAAGAUGCCAACCGUUUUUCAUCCGAUUUCUUAAGAGAGAAACAAGCUACUAAUCAACUUUUAGACAAAUGGAUCAUAAGCAAACACUUACCUGGCGAGGUUGGGUUUGCAUUGAAGUUCCCAUGGCUUGCAAGCCUUCCAAGAGUGGAAACCAGAUUUUACAUAGAACAGUAUGGUGGAGAAGAUGAAGUAUGGAUCGGAAAGACUCUUUACAGGAUGCCGUAUGUGAACAACAAUGCAUACCUUGAGCUUGCAAAGCUAGACUUCAACAAUUGUCAAGCUUUACAUCAGAUGGAAUGGAAUGGCAUGCAAAGGUGGUACUCGGAAAUGGGUCUGGGUGAUUUUGGAAUGAGCAGAAGAUCCCUUCUCUUAUCUUACUUUAUGGCAGCGGCCAGCAUUUUCGAGCCAGAAAGGUCCCAAGAGCGGCUGGCAUGGGCUAAGACCGCCUUCUUGGUUGAGACCAUCGCCUCUUCUUUUCACAAUGGAAUACCCAAACCUAGCGAUUAUGAGCUCAGAAAAAGAUUUGUCCAUGAUUUAUGUUGUAGGAAGUUGGACUCAAACAGGACAAUGCAGAAGCUCAUUGACGCUUUACUUCGGACACUCAACUACCUAUCCUUGGAUGCACUUGUGGCUCAUGGUCGAGACAUUAGCCGUGACAUUCGCCGUGCUUGGGAAAAGUGGAUGUUGAAAUGGGCAGAGGAAGGUGAUACGCACCAAGAAGUAGCAGAAUUAGUGGUGCAAACAAUCAAUCUUACCUCUGGAUAUUGGCCCACGGAGGAGCUAGUGCCUCACCCCCAAUACCUGCGACUAUCUAAUCUCAUCAAUACAGUUUGCCAUCAGCUCUGUCACUACCAAAAGCAAGAGGUGCAUGACAAUGGGUGCUUUAAUAACACCGAUACAGAUCAGAGCAGAACCCGGAAAAUAGAAUCUGCCAUGCAAGAACUUGUUCAAGUAGUACUCGAAAAUUCCUCAGACGACAUUGACUCCGGAUUCAAGCAAACAUUUCUCACAGUAGCACAGAGUUUUUACUAUGCUGCACACUGUGACCUAGAGACUAUCAUAUUUCACAUUGCUAAAGUACUCUUUGAGAAAGUACACUGAUCAAUCCUUCUUUUAAGGUUGAUGUGAUUAUGAUCAUUCUUAAAGAUUAAUUCCAUUUAUGAAUAGAGCUAGUUAUAAAGCAAAACAUAA